AUGGCUUCUUCACUGCAGAGGCUCGCUGGUCACGGCGCCAAGCGUCUCUGCCUGCGUCCUGCCACACAACUUGCAACUCGGCCCUUCUCGACGACACGUUUUCGAAAAUAUGCUACUCCCGAGCCCAUGGGCACUAGGCUCAUCCCCGUCGAUGACGAUUUUGCCCAUCCCAGCGAUCCCUACGGCACAACGCAGCGUAUCCCUGGCGCCGUUCAAAAGUCGCGCGAGAACUCGGUCGAGGACCGCAAGGUCAGGCACUAUACUGUCAACUUCGGCCCACAGCAUCCCGCUGCCCACGGUGUGCUUCGACUAAUCCUCGAGCUCAAUGGCGAAGAAAUCAUCCGUGCCGACCCUCACGUUGGCCUCCUCCACCGAGGUACUGAGAAGUUGAUCGAAUACAAGUCUUAUCUCCAGGCUCUGCCCUACUUCGACCGACUCGACUACGUUUCUAUGAUGACCAACGAGCAAUGCUUUGCCCUCGCUGUUGAGAAGUUACUCAACAUUGAGAUUCCCGACCGCGCCAAGUACAUCCGUACCUUGUUUGGAGAGAUUACCCGAGUUCUGAAUCAUCUCAUGUCUGUCCUGUCUCACGCAAUGGAUGUUGGUGCUCUCACGCCUUUCCUGUGGGGCUUCGAGGAGCGAGAGAAGCUCAUGGAGUUCUACGAACGUGUUUCCGGCGCACGUCUUCACGCAGCAUAUGUUCGCCCUGGUGGUGUUCAUCAGGACAUCCCCGUUGGUCUGCUGGAUGACAUCUAUCAAUGGGCCACCCAGUUUGGUGACCGCAUCGACGAGACGGAAGAAAUGCUUACCGACAACCGCAUCUGGAUUGAGCGAUUGAGAGGCGUUGGUGUUGUUUCCGCCGCUGAUGCCCUGAACCUGUCCUUCACCGGUGUCAUGCUUCGAGGCUCUGGCGUCCCUUGGGAUAUCCGAAAGAGCCAACCCUACGACGCCUACGACAAGGUCGAAUUCGAUGUUCCUGUUGGCAAGAAUGGCGACUGCUACGACCGCUACCUUUGCCGAAUGGAGGAGUUCCGCCAGUCCCUGCGCAUCAUCCACCAGUGUCUGAACCAGAUGCCUGCUGGCCCUGUCCGUGUUGAAGAUUACAAGGUCUCGCCUCCCCCCCGUACUGCCAUGAAGGAGAACAUGGAGGCUCUCAUUCAUCACUUCCUUCUGUAUACUAAGGGUUACGCCGUCCCCCCUGGCGAGACCUAUUCCGUAAUAGAGGCCCCCAAGGGUGAAAUGGGUGUUUAUGUUGUCAGCGACGGCAGCGAGCGUCCCUAUAGGUGCCACAUUCGUGCUCCUGGGUUUGCUCAUCUGGGUGGGUUCGACCAUGUCUCCAAAGGUCACUUGUUGGCUGAUGCCGUCGCUGUAAUUGGUACCAUGGAUUUGGUGUUUGGUAAGUUUUGA